CACGCGGGUCUGCAACCUGGGAACAUACCGCCCGCGCUGCACAUGCAUCAGCAUCCAGAUCCAGACUCUACCCUACCACAUCACGUCCGCCAUGCCCGUGCAGGAUCUUCCGAGAGCAGCCCUUCAUAGCUGUGCUUCGCAUUCCGCGUCUUCAAGCCCUGACUAAAAUCCCUCUCUGCUCCUGACGCUUGCACCCCGCAGCAUCAUGAGCGACGUCCGGCAGCUCCAGAAGCUGCGACCACUAGGGAAGCUCGAGCAACUCUCAGGAGCUUGCCACCACCUGGGCUUCUAUCACAACGUGGGGCUGUCUGCUCACUAUCACCUCUCCGACUCCUCUUCUGUGUCCGACGUGCGCAGCCUCAUAUAUGCUGCCUUAACCGACGUGAUUCGCAAACAUAGCAUUCUAUCCGCUAUUCCCGUCGAUGAAGACUCUCCGGAUGCUUACUUUGCCCGUCUUCCCUCCAUUGAUCUCACGCGCAGUGUCUUCUUCAUUACGCGGUCACAGCCUGCGACCGUAGGUGGAGAAGACCCUGAACUCGAUGCCAUCCUUCAGGAACAACACAACACCAACUUCAAGUCCGAAUACGGGACUUUGCCUUUCUGGCGCCUGCUCGUUCUGCAAGACCCUGGCGUGGAAAAGGAUUUCACGGCCUCCUUCAUUUUCCAUCAUUCCAUCGGCGAUGGGGUCGCCGGCCUGAUCUUCCACAAAGAGUUCCACACUGCUCUCGAGACUGCCUCCUCGUCGUCUGUAUCACGUGGUCCCAGCACCACAGAGGUCGCUACACCAAACGACAUCACGCUUCUACCCCCUCUGGAGGAGCUACAUCCCCUGCCAAUCAAUGAGAACCCCGCAAAUCCGCCAACAGUGGGGCUCAAAGAGUGGACAGGCAAUCCAAUUCGCGCUCCCUGCAUAACCCACUACCGGUCGCUGUACCUCUCGCCGAGCUCAUCCAAAGCUUUCGUCCAGGAAUGCAAGAAGAACAGUCUAUCACUGACUGCGGUCCUUCCGUCUGUCAUCGCCGCAGUCCUAUUCAAUAUCCUGCCUCCUACCGUCGAAGCACUUACGUGUAUUGUUCCGGUCAAUCUACGGCCAUGGCUCAAGCUGCCUCGUAGCGUCGCCGACGACGCAAUCGGAACUUUUAUCGAUGCAUUCAAAGUGCAGUUGCGCCGCACCGACCACAGCAUCGAUGAUCAAAAUCCAACGCUCGUGCUGCCUGCAGCCUGGGAGACUUCGAAAGAGAUAACAAAAUAUCUCACUGGCAACCUCUCACCUUCCGGCGAGCCUUACACCGCCGUUGCCAUCUUCAAAUCCAUCCCUGAUGUCUCUAUCGUGUUCAAUUCCACGCUUGGAAAGGACCGUGACGCAGCGUUUGAAGUGUCGAAUCUGGGGGCGUUCGCAGGUUCUGCAAAGUCCGGGGCCAAUUUCCAGUGGCAGGUGGGAAGAGCGACAUUUAGCCGGAGCUCAGUGGUUUCCGGAAGUGCCGUGACAAUGAGCAUUGUUUCAGGCGGGGAUGGAGGCUUGACGAUUGGCUUUAGUUGGCAGGAGGGCGUUGUGGAGAAUGCUGUGGUGGACAGACUUGUUGGAGGAGUUAGGCAAUAUUUCGAGGCUGCCAAUCAUUGAGAGAGUAGAUGUCGAUCUCCACAGAAAUCAAUAUUUAGCCAGCUAUCCCGGUGAAACGAUCCCAGCGCAUUGUUCCAG